UUAGAAUCCUGGUGUGGGUGAGGCUUUCCCUGCCCAAGGAAGGAGGACCGGGCAGGAGCCCAAUCCCCCCUCCCCCAUCCCCUGUUACCCGGGGGGGCCCCCCCUGCCCCCACCAUGAACAACCAGGCAAGGGUCCCUCCCCCCUCCCCAGGCCGGGUCUUGACCUCGGCCCGGGCUUCGACCCCAGUCAGGACCUCGAUCCCGGUCCGGACCCCAACUCCUGCCUGGGCCUCAACUUCGGCCCAGACACCGAAUCCUGUCCAGAUCCUGACCCCCGCCCGGACCCCGACUCCGGUUCCCACCCGGGCCUGGACCCCGACUCCCGUCCGGACCCCGACUCCCGUCCGAACCCCGAGCCGGGCCUGGACCCCGACUCCCGUCCGAAACCCGAUCCGGGCCCGGACCCCAAUUCCUGUCCGAAACCCGAUUCGGGCCCGGACCCCGACUCCCAUCCGAACCCCGACCCGGGCCUGGACCCCGACUCCAGUCCAGACCCCAGCCUCAGCCUGGAUCCCCACUACUGCCCAGACCCCAGCUUCGGCCUGGACCCCGACUCCUGCCCAGACCCGGGCCUCAGCCUGGACCCCAACUUCUGUCCAGACCCCAGCCUCGGCCUGGACCCUGACUCCCGUUCGGACCCCAGCCCGGACCCCGACUCCCGUUCAGGCCCCAGCCUCAGCCUGGAUCCCCAUUACUGCUCAGACCCCAGCUUCGGCCUGGACCCCGACUCCUGCCCAGACCCAGGCCGAGGCCUGGCCCCCGGCUUCCGCCCAGACCACCGCCUCAGCCUGGACCCCCACUCCUGCCCAGGCCCCGCCCCAAACUCCAACUACCGUCCCAACCCUGGCCCAGACCCCGACUCCCAUCCACACCCCGGCUUCCGCAUGGACCCCGACCCCUGCCCAGACUCAGGUUUCGGCCUGGACCCCAACUCCUGCCCAGACCCCAGCCUGGCCCCCACCUCCGGUCCUGAUGCCGACCCCGGCCCAAACCCCGACUCCCGUCCAGACCCCAACCCCGGUCUGGAACCCCACUCCCGUCCGGACCCCAACUCGGGCACGGAUGCUGACCUGGGUCCAGACCCCUAUUCCGGCGCAGACACCUACUACAAUCUGGACCCCGCCUCCGGCCCCUGCCCCAACCCCAGUUUCAUCCCGGGUCGGGGUCGAGAUCACGGCCGCUGUCCCUGUAUUGCAAUCCUUCCCGGACUCGGUCCUACCUUUGGAUCAGCCCACGGAACCCGCUUCGGAACCCGCUUUGUCGCGCGACAAGGGUCUUUCGCGGCCGCCUAGUGUGAAGCACUUUCCAUCCGUCACCAGUGAAUUCGGGUUCAACCGAGAGUCCAUUCUUGUCCACACUCCAUCCGCCACUGAUUUACUGCGGCUCACCCUUGGCUCCACCUCGAGGACCGACUCCUCCGCCACAAAGUUGACAGAUUCCACUCCCGAGUCUGUGCCGGUGCCCAUCCUGGGGCCCGGCCCGUUAGCCCCCACCAGCGAGAACUUCCCAAUGGACAAGAAGAUCCUGAUUCGAGUGAUCUACUGCGGCCUCUGAAGCUAUAGCCUUCGGUUCAUUCUACUGAGAAAGAGUCUGGAGCAGCAAUUUCCAAAUCGUCUCCUCUUUCAGGAGGAAAGAGCUGCCCAGGCUACGGGGGAGUUCGAAGUGUUUGUGGAUGGAAAACUGGUCCAUUCAAAGAAGAAAGGUGAUGGCUUUGUGGAUGAGGCUGGGCUGCAGAAAAUUUUGAGCAUUAUCGAGGAGGAGAUCAGCAAAAGGUAGCAGGUGACCGGCUGGAGGAGCCUCAGCAGGAUGCCGGGAAGGGCUGAAAUGUUGCCAAGUCAGGUCCUUUCCUGAUGGUGGCUGGGGCUGGGGGUGGGUUGGGGAGGGGAACAGGGAAAUACAUACAGUCUGCCUCCCUGUG